AACGAUCUUUAGCUCGAGGGGUGAGCCGCCCUGGUCACUGGGGCUGCCGGGGUCAAGGGCCAGGAAGCCAGUGGUGCUCUAGUUGAAUCUAGGGACGACGUUGUCUCCCUCGAUCAAGCGCCAGGGCCUAUGGUAGUCAAAAUCUAGCUCCCCAAGGAUAUUGUUAAUGUCCUUACAUCAUAAACACGGAUAAUCCCCUAACUACCAUUCACUGCGCCGGGAUCCAAAUAUGGGGCGCACAUCCGACAUUACAAUCGAAGAAAUAGACAGAUUUCUUCGCAUCAACACAACAACCAGUGUUGUCGUCGCCCGGGAUUCCAUCAAACACUGCGAGAACCAACCCGAGCGACCGUCGUAUUUGCAAAAGAUCAACUUCGCCAUCAUCUUCAGCUUCCGGGGCGAUGCAAAGUGUGUCCCGUACCCGGCCAGCAAGGGGGACGCG